GAAGAAGAAGAAGAAGAAGAAGACGACAUACGUACACGCGAUAACAGGAAGAAAAUGCCGAGAGCGUUUCUAAUCACUCAUCGACGAUACAAUGGAGUCGAAGAGGAGUUCGAUGGAUCCGGAAGAGAUUUCAGUCCUGAAAGAGGUGUAAGAUUGGCCGAUUAUAGCGGAAAUCAUCCAACUUCUGACGGUGCGAGUGAAUGCGGUAGCGAAACAUCAUCAGAGUGUCCCGAAGAAUUGUAUAAUCUUACAAAAUUGGCAGAAGUGAGCUUAGCCGCGGCUGCUGGUACUCUGAUUCAUCCGAGUAACGUGAUUUAUCAACAACAAUCAACUUCGCCUAGGUGUGCUCAAUUUUCGGACAAAUGCGGAAGAAUGAUAACGCCACGAACAAAACAGCAGGAAUCGCAAUUUCAAGAACAUCCAGGGAUCAUUGAAGAUGAACAAUCACUUGGUGAAAGAACAAGACUAUUUUUUGAGAGGAUCGAAUGCGAACGUGAAAUUUUACAGAAUCGUUCGGAGAAAAACACAGUUCUAGGUAUUCACGUACCAUCUCGUUCUCAUCACUUGCAAGAAGAACGUCACAGUAUCGAAAUUUCCGAAAAUUCACUCGAUAAAAUUGAAUUGGAAUCAAAUCAAUCGCCAUCCUCGACGAUUUUCCAAAAUCGGAGGACAACCUCAACCUCAACAGAAACGUCGAAAUCCGAAGACAAUGAAGAUCACGAAUGUCCUGACUGCGGAAAAAAAUAUUCGACAUCCUCCAAUUUGGCCAGACAUCGACAAACGCAUAGAUCUCUUGGAGAUAAGAAAGCUAGAAGAUGUCCACAUUGCGAUAAAGUUUAUGUUAGUAUGCCUGCAUUUAGUAUGCACGUCAGAACACAUAAUCAGGGAUGUAAAUGUAAUUAUUGCGGCAAAUGUUUCUCGAGACCAUGGCUCCUACAGGGACACAUACGUACUCAUACAGGUGAGAAACCAUUUAAAUGUACAAUCUGUAAUAAAGCAUUUGCCGACAAGUCAAAUUUACGUGCUCAUAUACAAACGCACUCGAACACUAAGCCACAUGUAUGCAGUCGUUGCGGUAAAGCAUUUGCUCUGAAAUCAUAUCUAUAUAAGCAUGAAGAAUCAUCGUGUAUGAGGGCCCAUCAUCGAUCAUCCACGGAUAAAAUCGAUGGAAAUGAUCAAAAAAUAGCAUCAUCAUCACCAAAAUCUUGUGCACCAUUACCAUCUUCUUUGAGCAGAUUACAAACAACAUCGUGUGUUACGGCAUCUCCUACAAGCGUUAUUGUUCCUCGCCUAGGUCUCAAUCGUGAUCAAAGAAAUUCAUCUUCGGCGUUUUCUGCGAUUAUUAGGCACACUAGAGUUCCCGAUGCAUCUACAUCACCUCCACCAUUGAAACGUUCUUACAGAGAGAAAACUCCAAGUGAAGAACGCGAAAGAAAAAUAUCUGAUAAUGUAACGAAGAAUCCAGAAUGUGUAUCAAGAAUGGUCAUUAGAACAUCCGUCAUAUCUCCUAAUCCGGAACAUCUCAGUCGCUUCAACAAUGAUAGCCAAACUUCUUCCAAUAAUUACGAUUUUUCCGAUCCUACGAGGUCUUCCGCAUUUUCCCAACCAACGACAAUGACACUUAACUUAGCUAUUGCAUAGAUAAAAUAUCGAAGAAUAGAAAUAUCUUCGUUCAAAACAAUAGAACAAAAAUUAUGGCAAGUAUUUUUAUAAAAUAAUGGCAAUAUUAUCAUAUACAGAUACAGAUACACCAAAGAUUAUUUUAUACUUACGGAUCAGUAAAUUAUUGAGACCGAAUAUAAUUUCAUAAAUAUGAAAGAAUUACCAUCCAAAAAUGAAUAAUUAAAUUGUUGCUUCGUAGAAACAUAAAGACGUAAUUACUUAAUAACAACUAGUGUCAUUCCUAUCAAUAUUGAGAUAAGUUUGUUAAGUUUUAACAAGAAACAUUUAAAAUUUUAUUAUAUUUACUUGAUGGAAUCUUUCUGCAAUGAGUAUCCAUUUUUUAUAGUUGAAUGUAGAAUCAAUUUUUGAAAAAAAAUUUGACAUAACAAAUA